AUGUCCAUUAACCUAAUCCCAGAUAAAGAUGAGGUCGAAUACUUCUGGUGGAGAAACCUGGGAUUCCUAUCGAGUAUCAUUGGCCUGUUAUCUUAUCGUCUGAGUUCCUCUUUUCACUUUAUGUUUGGAGAGAUGAACACUUGGAAGACUCUUCUGUAUAUUUUUUUGAGUCUGAUCUUUCCCUACAGUAUCUUCUUCGUGAAGACAUGGAAACCUCUCCAGAAUUUAUUGUUCAGAUCUCACCUAGCAUUCCUGGUCUUGCUCCUCUCCUCAAUUUACUCUUAUUUCUAUGACAAAUUCGUGAAGGAAAAGCCGGACAUGUUCAGUCUCCUUUCUACUGGUUCAUUUGCUUUGACGUCUUUAAGCUUGAAAAGGCAGAAUAUUCAACUUGGAUUUGAGGAUGAUCUUCUCAAAUUUUUCCUGGGUUUUCUCACCAUCCAGCUCAUGAAGAUCAACUUGCUUCUCGCUUUGGUCGGAGCAGCUUUGUGUUACUUCGCCAUCGUUCUAAUUCCUUGGAGUUUAGGUUCUCCAUUGGAGACUGUUAGUUGUAUUACUGCCCUCCAAGAGAACGUGGCAAUAAAAAUUGAUUGUCGUGUUUCCGAUCUCCGAAAGCAAUUGUGUUCCACUCAGCUGGGAAUUGUGAAUGACAGUGAAAAUCCUGAGAGAUUCGUUUACCCUUCAGAUUUUGAGUCUAGACUCAAGGACGCAAUCGCUUCUGGGUUAGUUCAAGAGUGUUACGACGCUUUCAUCACUUGGCGAAAACAGUUCCUAAACGACCAGAUGACUACUAUGGGGUUUCAGAAUCUCAGCAUCAAUGAAGUCCCCAGGUUGCCGAUGAAAACCCUCAAAAACGACAUCGAAGAAUGGACAAAAGCUUGUCAUUUGGUCGUUAAGAGGCUGUUUCCUCAGGAACGGCAUGCCUGCAGUGUCGUCUUCUCGGCGCUCUCUCCUGGGGACGAACUGUCUUUCAUGGAGGUUUGUCGGGGAAUAAUGGCACGGCUAUUGAAUUAUGCCAAAGCCGUUCUGACCACAGCGCAGUCGCCGGAGCAUUUGGUCACAAUCGUCGUCGUUUUGGACACAUUGGAGGAGAUUUUGCCUGACAUGGAAUCGCUUUUCUGCAAUAAGAUUUGUGAGUUCCUCUACGAUGAAGCUAUCGCAGUGAGCAAAAGACUAGGAGAAGCAAUCACAGGAGUCUUCAUGGAGCUCGAGAAUCUGAUUGGUCAAGACCCGGCAAAAGUAAAUACACACGAAUCUCAAUGCCUGAUCUGCAUUUACCAAUUCUGA